AUGGUGGCAGUAUGGUUGGUGCACGUCGGGCAGAAGCUGCUGCUCUGGGGCGUGCUCAGCGCCAUCUCCCUGGCCGGCGCCACCCUCAUCCUGAGCUUCCUGCAGAUGAUGGCGAGCUACGCGCAUAACUGGCUGCAAAUGAGGCCCAUCCCCACCAUUCCGGGGGCCUACCCCUUCCUGGGACACUUGCUGAUGCUGGAGCGAGGAGGGAAAGAGUUUUUCCAGCAGCUGAUUCAUUACAGUGAAGAAUACAGACAUGUGCCAAUGCUAAAACUCUGGCUUGGCACAGUACCAGUAAUAGCCAUGGAUAAAGCCGAAACUAUAGAGGUAAUUUUAACUAGCUCAAAGCAAAUUGACAAGUCUUAUCUGUACACAUUCCUACAGCCAUGGCUUGGCCUAGGACUUCUUACCAGUACUGGAAACAAAUGGCGCUCCAGGAGAAAAAUGUUAACACCCACUUUCCAUUUUACCAUUCUGGAAGACUUCUUAGGUGUCAUGAAUGAACAAGCCAACAUAUUGGUUAAUAAGCUUGAAAAACAUGUUGAUGGAGAAAAAUUUAACUGCUUUUUUUACAUCACUCUUUGUGCCUUAGAUAUAAUCUGUGAAACAGCUAUGGGCAAGAAUAUUGAUGCUCAGACUAAUGAUGAUUCUGAGUAUGUUCGUGCAGUUUAUAGGAUGAGUGAUUUGCUACAUCGAAGAAUGAAGACGAUUUGGUUCUGGCAUGACGUUUUGUACCUUUUGUUUAAGGAAGGAUGGGACCACAAAAGGAACCUAAAGAUCUUACAUAAUUUUACCACCAAUGUCAUCAAUGAACGGGCCAAUGAAAUAAAGAGAGAUGAAGAAGGUAAAAGUGAUGACAAGGGCACGACCCUCUCCAACAGAAAAUGCAAGGCUUUUCUCGACCUGCUUUUAAAUGUGAUGGAUGAUGAAGGGAACAAGCUAAGCCUUGAGGCUAUUCAAGAAGAAGUGGACACUUUCAUGUUUGAGGGCCAUGAUACAACUGCAGCUGGAAUAAACUGGGCCCUGUACCUUCUGGGUUGCUAUCCAGAAGUCCAGAAAAAAUUGAACAAUGAACUGGACGAAGUAUUUGGUCAAAGGUUUGCCAUGAUGGAAGAAAAGGUCGUUCUUUCAUGGAUCCUGAGGCAUUUUUGGGUAGAAUCCAACCAGAAAAGAGAAGAACUUGGUCUGACAGGAGAGCUGAUUCUUCGUCCUACUAAUGGCAUCUGGAUCAAGUUGAAGAGGAGAAUUGCAGAUGCAUCCUAACUCUAUUAUUGGGCUGUGCCUUAGUAGGAAUAAAUGUUUUUCUUUAAGAGAAACUUUGCAUUUACAAUGUUUAGAUCAUGUGUUUAAUACUCUUAAUCCCUACACCAAAUUUUUUCUUAUCACCACUUCCCUUGGGGUCAAGUCUUCAAAAAAGAGAUAUUUUUUUAUAUUUUCAUCACCACCAUUAUCUUAUCCUUGCUCUUGAUCCCAACGGCGAGUUAACUGAUGUCCGUACCCAAAAAAACAUAUACAUUUUUCAACAGAGGGAUCCAUAGGCCAAUUCAAUUUCAAUUGACAUACCCAAAGGAUAUGUUAAUUGAAUUUCCAGAAAUUUGUUAAGGUAUUCUUGUUGAACACAAAUAUACAUAUAUACUUAUACAUUUAAUUUGUAAAGGGUAAUUAAAUACUUAGGCUUGAGAUUAGGUUUUAAAAAUUAUAUUAGUGGCAUCAGUUAUUAGAAUAAUUAUGAUGAUGAUACUUUUCAGAUUUUAUCAAGGAGAGCAGAUCAUUUACAAGUUGACUCAUAAGUUCUGAUCCUAUUUCCCUUUUUUUAAAUAAAUAUUUAUUGUUCAAA